CUGGUCGUCGGCAGAGGGGCAGCAGGGUCGCCGGAGGAGAAGUCUCGUCGGCUUGCAGGCACCGGUCGUGGAGGACUCGCCGGAUGGAGGGCCUGCUCGCGAUGGAUUCAAGCUCGCCGGAAAAUGCGAAGGCAGGGCCGCCGGAGGUCAGUUAGCGAGUUGCAGGGAUCGUGGAGGAGGGCUGCACACGAGGAGGAGGCUCACCGUGGGUCUGCUAGUCGUGGCAGAGGGUCGCGGGCGAAACUGAUCGGAGAUGAGGUGAUGGUAGGAGAUGAUGGCGUGAGGAUGAUGAUGAUGGCUGCGACGGAUUCUCACAAGGGAGUAACAACGAUGAAGAUGAGGAGCAGGCUUGACGCGACUGCAGGGGCUCGCUGGUCGUCGGCAGAGGGGCAGCAGGGUCACCGGAGGAGAAGUCUCAUCGGCUUGCAGGCACCGGUCGUGGAGGACUCGCCGGAUGGAGGGCCUGCUCGCGAUGGAUUCAAGCUCGCCGGAAAACGCGAAGGCAGGGCCGCCGGAGAUCAGUUCGCGAGUUGCAGGGAUCGUGGAGGAGGGCUGCACACGAGGAGGGAGGCUCACCGUGGGUCUGCUAGUCGUGGCAGAGGGUCGCGGGCGAAACUGAUCGGAGAUGAGGUGAUGGUAGGAGAUGAUGGCGUGAGGAUGAUGAUGAUGGCUGCGACGGAUUCUCACAAGGGAGUAACAACGAUGAAGAUGGGACGGGAACUCGUGGUUGACAAUGCCGUGAUGAAGGCGGUUUGCGGAUUCAACUUCGCCGGUACACGAAGCAAAGCCGCCGAUUUUGAUCCCCAGAAGAGUUGGGCCGCGCUCUCCCCGCAUACGACGUGGGAUUCCGCUGGUAUGUCCAACGGGCUUAUCCAAGACCUGGCCACCGCCGUUGUGCACCGGUUCAUUUGCUACAAUAUCACCGGCAAAAAGGAAGCGAACAAAGUCAGUGAGGGUGAGCUUUUUCUCCUCUGGGCGAUGCGGUCUGGAGUGCGAGUGUGUUCCAUGACCUUCCUUCAGAACUCUUUCCAGGAGAUUGCCCUCUCCAAGCGUGGACUUCCGGCGCUCGGGCAUUUUGUUACCGCACUCGCUCACCACUUUGACGUCACUCCAGAAGCUUACAGACUACAUGGGGAGAUGGCGCGUCAAGACAUGUCUGAGAUGCGGUGUAUCAACUUUAACGAGCUCAAGCAGGCUGACCUUAUUCUGAACCGGCGAACAGCUAAGGAGUAUACGAAACGUGCUGCCUACGAGACCUAUUUCAAAAAGCUCCAGCAGGAUGAAUAUCGACGAGGACCAUUUACUUCCUCCUCCACCUGA